AUGAAGCUGUCCACUCCUUUCUUUCUCGUUCUCGCCGCCGUCUCCUACGUCGAGGCCACCGGCCAUGACGGUCUCUCGCGCAUGACCCGCAACCACCACGACGUCGCCCGCCGCAACCCUGUCCAGCGCCGCGCGGCCUCCAACGUCUGCAAGGCCCGCUCCACCACCUCUUCCUCUUCCGCCACGGUGAGCGUCUUCUGUCACUCGUCGCGCGAGCUUCGAUUUCGGAUGUCGCGCUGGUGGGAUGCCGCGUCCUCGACGCACAAAUCGAGCUCCACCAAGAAGGCGCAGCCGACCACUGCGACGAAGAACAACGACUCGAACAAUGACGAUAACUCCGUCGGAUUCUCCGACGGCCUCAUCCGUCUCACUACCAACACCUGCGGUGGCACUGGCGCCCAAAAGAAGAUCACGGGCACCAAGGGUCCGAACGGAGACAUCGAAUUCUUCAACUGCGGCGUCAACGACGGCGGCUGGAAGCCGCCCAUGAUUACCGUGGACCAGAUCGUCACCGUCGAGCUCUCGGACGCGCUCAAGGACAACAACUCGCCCUUCAAGGCGUGCAGCAAGUACAUCGACACCUUCUACAAAUACGCGUCGCAGCACGGUCUGCCUGCGAUCCUCAUCGCCUCGAUUGCGAUGCAGGAGAGCUCGUGCAACCCGGGCACCGUGGGCGGCGGUGGAGAGCAAGGUCUCAUGCAGAUCACGCAGGAGAAGUGCGUCGGUGCACCCGGUGGUAACUGCCAGGAUGUCGAUUUCAACAUCCGCACGGGCACCAAGUUCUUCGCGGACACGCUCAACGGGAACGGCGGCUCGCUCCUCAAGACCUUCGGUAACUACAACGGUUGGUUCGAGGGCAUGACCUACUCCGAUGCGACCAAGGCCCAGUGGUCGUCUUGCUGUCGCUGCCAGAACAACCUGGACUACCUCCAGCAGGUUCUCAACGGCUGGCUCCAGAACGUCGACCCGUACACCGCGCACAUGGGCAAGUACUUCAACCUCGACGUCUGCCAUUAG